CAACAAAUGUAGGCUUUUAGCCGUCAUUGACUGCGUAAAUAACACACACACAUGAAAACAUAAGUGUACCUAAAACAGUCGUUUUUGUGGUUGGGUGUUUGCAGGUGACUUGAAGCUUUAUAAAAAGACACAGCCAUGCCGCCUGGGCCUGUUCAAAUUGUUCAGCCGGAGUCCAACAACAAGAAUGAUGCAGUACCAGAAGAAACCCCGGCCACCAAACCCAUCGUUGGUAUCAUAUAUCCACCUCCUGAAGUCCGAAACAUUGUUGACAAGACAGCCAGCUUUGUAGCCAGGAAUGGGCCUGAAUUUGAAGCAAGAAUCCGGCAGAAUGAGAUCAACAAUCCCAAGUUCAAUUUCCUCAACCCCAGCGACCCAUACCAUGCAUAUUACCGUCACAAGGUCAAUGAAUUUAAGGAAGGCAAAGCGCAGGAACCAUCUGCAGCUGUGCCAAAGGUUAUGCAGCAGCAGGCCAUGCAGCAGUCCCAGCAGCUCCCUCAAAAAGUGCAGUCACAGGUGAUUCAGGAGACAGUGGUCCCCAAAGAACCACCUCCUGAGUUUGAGUUCAUUGCCGAUCCUCCAUCAAUCUCGGCAUUUGAUCUGGAUGUUGUCAAGCUGACUGCCCAGUUUGUCGCCCGCAAUGGCCGCCAGUUUCUUACUCAGCUCAUGCAGAAAGAACAGAGGAACUACCAGUUUGACUUUCUGCGGCCGCAGCACAGCCUUUUCAACUACUUCACCAAAUUAGUUGAGCAGUACACUAAGAUUCUAAUCCCUCCCAAAGGCCUACUGACCAAGCUGAAGAGAGAGGCUGAGCAUCCAAGAGAGGUUAUGGACCAGGUGAGGUACCGUGUUGAGUGGGCAAAGUUCCAGGAGCGCGAGAGAAAGAAGGAGGAAGAGGAAAGAGAGAAAGAGCGGGUGGCAUAUGCCCAAAUCGACUGGCAUGAUUUUGUAGUGGUUGAGACGGUGGAUUUCCAGCCCAAUGAACAAGGCCACUUCCCCCCACCUACCACCCCAGAGGAGCUCGGCGCUCGCAUCCUAAUCCAAGAGCGCUAUGAGAAGUAUGGAGAGAGUGAGGAAGUGGAGAUGGAGGUUGAAAGUGAGGAUGAGGACGAUGAACGCGAGGAUCGUAACGAAGGCCAUCCCUCACAACCUGAUCAAGACACACAGGUUCAGGACAUGGACGAGGGAUCUGAUGAUGAGGACGAUGGCAUGAAGGCACCACUGCCCCCAGACAACCCGAUGCCACCCCCACUGCCUCCAACUCCAGACCAGGUUAUUAUUCGCAAAGACUACGACCCCAAAGCUUCCAAGCCUCAGCCUCCGAUUGCAGCUCCGGAUGAGUACCUCAUCUCACCAAUUACUGGUGAGAAGAUCCCAGCCAGUAAGAUGCAAGAGCACAUGCGUAUUGGUUUGCUGGAUCCGCGCUGGCUGGAGCAAAGAGACCGCAGCAUCAGAGAGAGGCAGACCGAAGAUGAAGUCUACGCUCCUGGUCUGGAUAUUGAGAGCAGCUUGAAACAACUGGCUGAGAGACGUACUGAUAUCUUUGGUGUGGAAGAGACAGCCAUCGGUAAGAAGAUCGGAGAAGAAGAAAUCCAGAAGCCAGAAGAGAAGGUUACCUGGGAUGGCCACUCAGGAAGCAUGGCACGUACUCAGCAGGCAGCACAGGCAAACAUCACUCUUCAAGAGCAGAUUGAAGCCAUUCACAAGGCCAAAGGGCUAGUGGGAGAGGAUGACACUAAGGAGAAAAUAGGUCCAAGCAAGCCCAGUGAAAUUCAUCACCAGCCUCCCACCCCCUCAUCUUCAGCCAGUUUGCCUAAACCCAAUCCUCCAGUUGCAGUGCCUCGCCCACCCUCCACUAUGGCACCUCCAGUGCGCACCACUCUUCUGUCCGCUGUACCUGUAAUUCCAAGGCCACCGGUGGCUCCUGUGGUGCGCCUUGCACCAGGACAAGUUAUAACACCAAUGCCUCCCAUGAUUCCUGCUCCUCGCAUCAAUGUGGUUCCCAUGCCACCAUCAGGACCCCACAUCAUGGCCCCUAGACCACCUCCCAUGGUUGUUCCAGCAGCGUUUGUCCCUGCUCCUCCUGUGCCACAACCCCCAAGCGCUGCGCCUGCACCACCGGCUCACCCACCCCCACCUCAUGAGGAUGAGCCAGUCAGCAAGAAGAUGAAGACAGAGGACAACCUUAUUCCAGAGGAGGAGUUCCUUCGUAGAAACAAGGGUCCUGUGGCAGUCAAAGUACAGGUCCCCAACAUGCAGGACAAGACCGAAUGGAAGCUGAACGGCCAAGUGCUGAAUUUCACUGUCCCUCUCACAGACCAGGUGUCUGUUAUUAAAGUCAAAAUCCAUGAAGCCACAGGCAUGCCAGCAGGAAAGCAGAAGUUACAGUAUGAGGGCAUUUUCAUCAAAGAUUCCAACUCUCUGGCCUAUUACAACAUGAGCAAUGGUUCAAUCAUUCACCUGGCACUGAAAGAGAGAGGUGGAAGAAAGAAGUGAUCCUUGCAGCAAGAGGGAAAAGAUUUUUCACUAUGGAUGUUUUGUCACUCACUCUUGUCUUGUCAUUUUAAUUUUGUGACAUUAUACUGUAGUUUUCAUCCAAAUUGUGUGAAAAACUUGUUAUUCUUAAAUGUUAACUCUAUGGAUGCUAAGUGCACUGCCUGGCAGGCAUGGCUUUAUACCAUUGGCUCAACUCUUGAUUUGUUCAUUUGCUACAUAGUGAUCAUUCAUUAAAUAAAGGAAUUUAAAAAAAAACACAA